AACCAACUCAACAUCGAGUACCUAACUUUAACGACUUGAUACAGAAGCAACGUUCCUCAGUCUCAGUCGUCUUUCCGACAUUGAAAUCCCAAAUUCCAGUCAAAAACCCUAGAUCUGUUUCCGACUUGGUCGAAUACCCACCAUUAUUCACUACUCCAACAUUUCAAAGUUUUGAUCUUUAGGCGACCCAGAUUGAUUACAUUCAAGUUUCAGAGAGAAAAUGCCGAGCAAGGCUCCUCCACGUGUCUCCGGCAAGGUUUUCCGAUCCCGGAUUCCGACUCUGCUGGUCUCAAUGUUCGCCAGCUUCGCCUCAAUCUACGUCGCCGGACGGUUGUGGCAGGACUCGGAGAACAGGGUUUAUUUGAUUAAAGAGCUUGAUAGGAUUACUGGGAAGGGGGGUUCUGUCAUAUCAGUGGAUGAUACGUUGAAAAUCAUAGCUUGCAGGGAACAACAUAAGAAGUUAUCAGCAGUUGAGAUGGAGUUGGCUGCAGCCAAACAAGAGGGUUUUAGUCUAAAGCGUUCAACACUGGGAAAUGGAACCAGGCCACUGGUGGUGAUUGGAAUUUUCACAAAGUUUGGUCGUAAGAACAAUAGAGACGCAAUUCGUAAGGCGUGGAUGGGAACUGGUUCUGCUUUGAAAAAUAUGGAGAAUCAGAAGGGAGUAAUUGCAAGAUUUGUUAUUGGAAGAAGUGCAAAUCGCGGGGAUAGUUUGGACAUAGCCAUUGACAAUGAAAACAGGCAGAUCAAAGACUUCCUUAUUCUGGAUACCCAUCUGGAGGCACCUGAAGAGUUCUCAAAGAAGGCUAAACUGUUCUUCGCUCAUGUUGCUGAUAAAUGGGAUGCUGAGUUUUAUGCCAAAGUCAAUGAUGAUGUUUAUGUAAAUAUUGAUGUUCUGGGAGCUACACUUGCAACUCAUUUAGACAAGCCUCGUGUUUAUAUUGGGUGCAUGAAGUCAGGCGAAGUUUUCUCUGAGCUGAGUCACAAGUGGUAUGAACCUGAAUGGUGGAAGUUUGGUGAUAAAAAAUCAUAUUUUCGCCAUGCUUCAGCUGAGAUGUAUGUCAUAUCUCAAGCUCUGGCCAAAUUUGUUUCAAUAAAUAAAGAUAUUCUCCGUACCUACGCCCAUGAUGAUGUCAGUGUCGGAUCUUGGUUUAUUGGGCUUGAUGUUAAACAUCUUAAUGACGCCAAGUUUUGCUGCUCCUCUUGGACGGGAGGAGCUAUUUGUGCUGGUGUGUGAUUUGGUUUGCUUUGAGGUCGUGGAUAAAUGUAAAACCAGAUACAGGGAGGUGGUUUAAAAGAAAUUGGAUUCACAUCCAUGAGAUGUUUGCAGCCUGCACAAUGUAGAGUAUGAAGCUUGAAGAAAAAUCAUAGCUCUGAUUGAGAAUUUAUUCCGAGUGUCUUGCCCAUAGAUGAAGUAGCUUUGUUCCCAUUACAGCACACUGCAGAUAGGAUGAUGGGAUUUCAACAAACUAUGCCUAGAGAAGGCAGUCGGUAUAGCUUUAUAGGUUUAGUAACACAAAUUUUACAGUGUAAUAGAGGGUGUUCUUAUUGCCACAUAAUCACACAUUUCUGUUGUAGCAUGUAAACUCUCCUUGGGUUAUUCUUUAUUCGGAGCAAUGAAAUAAUUUGAUUCCUUUGAAAA